UAUCAUGAAUGCAUCCUCAACAUACUCGUGUGAACCCAUGCUGCAGUCUAGGUCAGUGUGAUCUGACAGAGGGUUGCUGUUCAGAUCUGGCCUCAGUCCUGAGGGCAACCAACUCACAACUGAAACAACUGGAGCUGAGAGACAACGACCUGCAGGACUCAGGAGUUACACUGCUUUCUGAUGGCCUGGCGGAUCCAAACUGUGAACUGCAGACACUAGGACUGUCUGGCUGUGAAGUCACAGAGGAUGGCUGUGCUGCUCUGGCUUCAGCUCUGAGGUCAAACCCCUGCCACCUGAGAGAGCUGGACCUGAGCUACAAUCACCCAGGAGACUCUGCAGGGGGACUGCUUUCAGCUGGUCAAGGGGAUCCCAGAUGCAAACUGAUGAAGCUCAAUGUGGAUCACGGUGCAGAGUGCAGGCUGGUAUCCGGGCUGAGAAAAUAUGCCUGUCGGCUCACCAUGGACCCAAAUACAGCAAACGCACACCUGUUACUCUCUGAGGAGAACAGGAAGGUGACACGGGUGGACAAGGAGCAGCAUUAUGAAGACCAUCCAGACAGAUUUAAAUGGCAUCCCCAAGUUCUCUGCAGAGAAGGUUUAUCUGGAUCUCGAUAUUACUGGGAGGUGAUGUGGGAUUGUGGAAAGCCUGACAUUGGAGUGACUUACAAAGGAAUGAGUCGGAUGGGAUGGGGGUCUGACAGUUGGAUUGGACAAAAUACUAAGUCCUGGAGUUUGAACUGCGCUGGUGAAGGUGACUAUUACUUUUACAAUGCGGGAGGCAAUAUCACAUUCUUCCGCGGUCCUGUUUUGCACAGAGUUGGUGUGUAUCUUGACUGGCCAGCUGGUACUUUGUCCUUCUAUAGUGUGUCCUUUGGUAAACAGAAACAUCUUCACACAUUCUACACCACAUUCACUGAGCCCCUCUAUCCUGGGUUUUGGAUUUACCCAGACUCUUCCUUGUCUACAUAAGUAGGGGUGCUGCAGCUGUCCCUGAAAAAAUAUAAAUCAUUUUCAAAAAAGUGACAGUAUAUAAAUAAAAAUAUUUUUCCCUAAAUUAUAUUACUCCUGUCUGAACAGACCAAUAAAACUUAUUAAAAAUACUAAACCAGAUAGAAAAAAUCAGAGAAUUAAUAGCAUCUAA